UCACAGCAUUUCGAAACUAACCUCCCAAAUAACAAUAGGGUCACUUACAUACAACGCGAUAUGACUUUGGUAACAUGGAUUCAAACAAAUAGAGCUAUGAGAGCAUUGCACUAUAAACUUUUCCUGUGAAACAAAAUGGAAAAAUGGCUGGGACCCUGUUUGUUGCUGAGUGCUUUUGGGUUUUUGAAAGAGUUCCGCCCUUCAGAACCAUUUGUUACAGAGUUCUUAGUUGGAACUUGGAAAAAUUUUACAGUGGAGCAGGUAAUGCAAGAAAUUUACCCUGUUUGGACUUAUUCAUACUUAGCCAUUCUGUUUGUGGUCUUCAUUAUAACUGACCUUUUACUAUAUAAACCAGUUGUAAUUUUUGAAGGAAUCUCCUUAGUUAUUACUUGGUGUUUACUCAUAUGGGGAGAUGGUAUCCCUGCUAUGCAAGCGGUAGAAUUUGUGUAUGCUGCCUCUACAGCUAGCAAAGUAGCGUAUAGUACAUACAUCUACACUCAAGUGCCUGUGGCCAAAUUUCAAAUUGUUACAGCAUAUACGAAAGCUGCCUUGCUUACAGGGCGUUGCUUUGCUGGGGUAUUAGGCCAAAUUCUUGUUGCUACUGGCACCUGUGACUACCUUGCAUUGAACUACAUCUCCCUGGGUUUCGUGUCAUGUUCGACAGUGGUUGCUUUUUUUCUUCCAAGUGUGUCACGUUCUAUUUACUUCCACCGUAGAAAACCACGAGAACGCAGUCUAAAUGGUCAGCCAGCUCAGUUAGAGGCACCUAAUGAACUGCACUCCUGUCAGGAUCGAGACGAAAUUCCAAGUUCAGGGAAAUUAAUUCAGGCCUUAACUUCUGUGGACGAUACGAACCAAACCAACAAAUGUACAAAAACUUCUGUGUGUCUUCUAUUUUGGGAAGAUUUCACAACUGCAUUUUCUGAUGUUUACACGCUGAAAUGGUCUUUGUGGUGGGCUUUCGCAACGUGCGGUUUCUUUCAGGUGGUCAAUUACAUUCAGCCGCUAUGGGAAGCUUUAGAUUCUGAAUCAGAGAACGUGUACAAUGGUGGGGUUGAGGCUUUACACGCAUUCUUAGGCGCCCUGACUACGUUGGCCGUUGGAUAUCUUUCUAUUGACUGGUCUGUGUAUGGCGAACCAGUAAUUGCCGUAAUUUCUCUUUUCGAAGGAGCGAUGCUGUUUGUGGCCGGCAAUACGGAUAUACUUUGGAUAACAUAUGCAACAUAUAUUGCAUUCUGCUUAUCUUAUAGAAUUCUCAUUACCAUCGCAAGUUCGGAAGUGGCCAAAGGACUGAAGCGAGAAAGUUACGGAUUCAUCUUUGGAUUUAACACUUUUUUGGCCUCUUUUCAAGCAAUUCUCACUCUCUGUGUUACAGAUGGUGUUGGUUUAGCACUCGAUCCUCAAUCACAGUUCAAGAUAUAUGGUGGCUAUUUUGGUGUGCUGGGAACGAUUUUUUCGGCUAUGGCAGCGUACAAUAUCUUUCGAAACAGAUCUAGAGAGUACGUUUCAAAAAAAAUUUGCGCCCAACAUGUCCCAUUUGGUCACCCGGCGAUGGACAUUUCUGCCAAUAAUCGCGUUUUAAACUUAAAAGAUUAAAAUCCAUAUCUGCCACCUAAAACCCAAGGUUCGCUCUUAUUCGCUGAUAAGCUAAUUGACAAUUUCAAUAGUUCUGGAGUAAAACCAAAACUAUUUAGUUUGAAGAAACCAAGGGAAAUUUCUGUUGUGACUCACCAAAAAGUACUUGUCCCUAGUCGAUUGAAUAACACUUUAGAAAUAACGCUCUUCAAAACAAACGUGUCAGUCGAAUGGUUGACUGCGUAAACACAAUAAGCUGAUGAAAAUCCCAAGGUCAAAAUCC